UAUGAAUCAAUAAUUAGGCACACAGAAAAAAGGUAGUAAUAUUUGCUUCUUGAGAUGAGCAAAAACCACUUGUGUGUUCUGACAUCCUAUCAUCAUCAUCAAUAAUCAUAGUUCACAGUAGUUGGUUAACAUGGCGUCUCAAUCAGACGAGAAUAACCAGAAUCCAGCAACGGCUUCACAACCAACAGCUGAAGAUCAUCAAGAUUCCAAGCCUGAGGCUACAAAUGGGAGCUCUCCGACUUCUGUGUUUGUAAACUCCGAACCAAUUCGGGAGGAUCAAGUCCAAAAUGCUAUGAAGUUUCUUUCACAUCCAAAAGUUAGGGGAUCUCCAGUCAUGUAUAGGCGUUCUUUUCUCGAGAGAAAGGGUCUCACGAAGGAGGAAAUAGAUGAAGCCUUUCGUCGAGUUCCUGAUCCUACCCCAACUGUUACUAGCACGCAGCCAGUUGCUGCAAAUGAAGAUGGGAAGCUGAAGCCUUCAUCAACUAGUCCACCACAGCCUGCAUUACAAAAUAUGCAGCCUGCAUCAGCUACACCGAGCAAUAGCAUGGCAAAAAUGGGGUAUCUCUCUCAUUUCCAUUGGGCUCAUGCAGUUAUUGCUGUAGGUUUACUUGCUGCUUCAGGAGCUGGAACAGCCGUACUCUUCAAGAAAUCUAUUAUUCCCCGAUUGAAGUCAUGGAUACGCAAGGUUGUUAUGGAUGAAGAAGAUGAAAAAGAUAUUGUGAAGGGAAAACCAAGUUUAGCAGAAGAAGCUGCUGUUGCUGCGAAAGCUGCUGCAGCCGCUGCUGCUGAUGUAGCCCGAGCAAGCCAGGAGAUGUUGGCAUCAAAAUCCGAAGAGAAAAGGUAUUUUGAGGAGCUGACAAGUCUGUUAAACUACCAAGUACGUGAGAUGAAAUCAAUGACAAGUGCUAUAGCGAAACUGGAAGGGCAAGGUAAUACUUCUGGAAGAAUACCAAUUACAGAACUAGAUGAUCGCAGAAUUUCAGUUACUCAAUCUAGGCAAUCUUAUUUAAAUGGAAAAGUGGAUGGUGAUGCACGUUCAGCGAGAUCUUUGUCGCCACCUGCAUCUGUGGAACCAUCUGUUGCACCCCAUCCCAAGUCUUAUAUGGAGAUAAUGGCUAUGGUUCAAAGAGGAGAGAAGCCUUCCAACAUCCGGGAUAUAAAUGAUCAGCCACCAAAUCCUAACCAGCCCGUACCUGAUCCUCGUGUUGCUCCAAAGCCUAAGCCUUGGGAAGUUGGCCAGAUUCAAAGUAAUUCAACUAAUUUGCUUCAAUCUCAAGGGAGUGGCGAUGGCUUGAAUUAUGGUUACCAAGACAAUCUGACUAAUGGAGACAGUUCAGCAGCUUGGUGGCAGCGCAGGAAUGCCAGGAUAACUGAAAUCGAAACUGAAGGUGAACAAAACUUUGGAUCUCCAGCUGCACCAGUCCAGGAACGACCAAUUCAGAGAUCCUGGGUUCCUCCCCAGCCUCCUCCAGUAGCAAUGGCAGAAGCAGCUGCAGCCAUUCGCCAACCUAAAAAGUCUGUGUUUCAGAAUGAACAAUUGACUGAUGAUCAGUUGAUGGCUCGUUCAUCAGAGAUAACGGAUGAGUUGCAGAGGGUAACAAGAAUCUCCGAAUCUGGUGGUGCCCCUGAAGCUAAUGGCUCGAGUUCUGCUCUGCAGAUAAGUGAGACACCAAUUGGAGAAGGCGAUCAAGUUUUGAGCAGCUGAAAGAUCAUUUGUUUUUCUUGAUAUAAAGGCUGGGUAUUUUGUAUCGAGGUUUUCCAUGAGGUUCAUCCCGAUCUUGCAGCUACAUGUUCUUGAUGAACUCAAGCCUCCGAUUCGUGCUUACCCUAAAAGAAAUCUACAGUUACAUUUAAGAACUUUCUGAUAUGUGAAAAGAUCAUCUAAAUGUAGCAAAAGCCAUUAUGUUUCUUCUUGGUGGUCUAUUGAUACACUAAAAUAGCUGCCUAACUUAUGUACUAAAAGAUAAGUUAUAUAAGUUCUACAGAUUUGAAUGAAGAUCAAAUAACGAGAAUAAAUGAUUUCUCUUCAGUCUG